AUGACCUACCCAUCCCUUCCCGAAAAACUCCUCCUCAUCUCCCUAAAGAUGUACUUCACCCCAGAGCAAACCCAAAACUACCUCCGCUCCCUCCUAAACCCCAGCAACAAAAUAAUCAACCCAACCAACCCAAACCUCCUCCUAGCCCUAAUCCCCGACUUCCUCAGCAUCCACCCCUGCUCCCAAAUAAUCCAAUCCAGCACCUCCCUCCACACACCCACACCCCCCCUCCUCCUCGGCGCCCAAGACUGUUUCUGGGAAAACGCAGGCGCAUACACAGGCGAGAUCUCACCAUCCUCCCUCCACAGCCUGGGCUGCAGUAUAGUCGAGCUAGGGCAUGCCGAGCGCCGCGCCCUCUUCAACGAGAGCAUAUCCCAAACAGCACGCAAGGCUCAAGCCGUCUGCGCCAAUGCUAUGAUUCCCCUCGUUUGCGUGGGCGAGAUUACACCGCCUGGUGCUGUUGCUUCGGAGGCUGUUGGCAAUGCUGUUGCGGAGUGUUCGGAGAUGGUUAGGGCGGUUCUGGCUGCGAUCCCGGGUGAUGCUCCUGUGAUUUUUGCUUAUGAGCCUGUUUGGGCGAUUGGGAAGCCUGCUCCUGCGGGUGUGGAUCAUGUUGCGGGUGUUGUGGGGGGUAUUCGGGGGGUGGUGGGGGAGAGGGUGGGGGCUGUGAGGGUGUUGUAUGGGGGGAGUGCGGGGCCGGGGCUUUGGGGGGAGUUGGGGUGGGCUGUUGAUGGGAUGUUUUUGGGGAGGUUUGCGCAUGAGAUUAAGGGGGUUAGGGAUGUUGUUAGGGAGGUGGAGGUUUCGAUGGGGAUUUGA